CUCCGAAAACGUCGCUCGCUUUUCCAGCAUCUUACCUAUCGUACAUUCGUUUUCAAGCGCUCUGGUCAUAAUGGUUGCUUCUCGCUUCAUCGCCAUUGCGUUCAUCACUGCUGCCAGUGCCUCUUUGGUCGCCGAAAGCGAUGUCUUUACAGCUUUGUUAAAGCGACAGGAGCCUGGCACGCCUGCGUAUAACUGCCACGACAACUGCGGCACUGCAAUCACCGUCUCCAGAGAAGGCGGCGACGUCUGCACCAACGAGAUCUUCCUCUACGACUACCAGAACUGCCUUCAAUGCGCUGGCCCAGAUAACUACAAUAUCUGGCGUUACUACGGCGCUACUUUGAGCACUGUUGCUGAGGGAUGCGGUCUCGAUACUGAGCCGCUUUCUGGAGAGCAGGCUGAUGUCCCCGAGGCAAUGCAUCCUGGGGAUAGCGCGAGCUCUUCGACUCCUGCUCCUUCGUCCAGCACGCCGACGCCGACUGGGGAAAGUUCGGCUCCUGUCUCUGAGACUCCUGCUCCCACUUCGGAGGUUCCUGAAUCUACGGCUGAGGUUACGCCGAGCGUCACUGUCUCUGGUUCGCCAACCCCCAGCGGGAACGGAACGGCCACUUUCACUUCGUCCGCUCCACCUCAGCAGUCUGUAAAUGCUGCCGCCAAUUUCGGCGCCGUCGACAAUGCGCUCGUCAUGCUUGGAGCCGCAGUUGCGGGAGCAAUGUAUGGUUUUGGAAACUGA